AUGGGAGAUCUGCGCAGAUAUGUCUCCGACCACUUGCUCAAGCUGGUCGGCGGCAGCGAAGACAUGAUGGUAGACUUCGUUGUGUCAACGGCACAAUCGGCGAAGUCGUCCGGAGCUCUGCUAGGCAAAUUGUCUGGCAUGCUCGACUCGAAUGAUGCCGAUCUCAAGAGAUUCAGUGAUGACCUGUUUGCGCGCCUCGCUCAGCCAGCUUCCAAUGCAUCGUCUAUGCCCAGGCGAGCGAAGCCCAAGGAAGCGAAGAAAAAGUAUGCGCUGAUCGGCAUGGACGUUGAGGAGGAGGCAGCCCCAGCACCAAAGAAGGAAGAGAAGUCCAGGCCUCGGGAUAGCGAACGGAAGUCGAAACAUCGAUCAGAUCGCGAGAGGCGGAGGUCGAGAAGCGGAGAGAGGCAUAGCAAGAAGAUCCGGCGGCGGGAUGCUGACUUUGACGAUCGAUGGGGCGACAACGAGUCCGACGAGGAAGAGGAAGAGUUCCCUUCACCACCUGCUAAGCGCACGAGGUUCGACGAUGGCUCUGCUUCUCCUUCAAGACGUACUCCCGACAAGGACGAACCCGAGGAGGAUGAGGAAGAGAAAGAUCGAAGGGAGCGCGAAGCUUUCGAGGAGAGGCUGAAGAACAAAGAUGCUGGAUCUACCAAGAAGGUCGUCGAGGAUCGUUCAUCGAAGCGAGAGGAGAAGGACGCCGAGAGAAGAGCUCAGGCUGGCAAGCUGACAGCGGAAGAAAUGAAGGCUUUGCGCUUACGGUCCCGGCAAGACUACCUCAAGAAGCGCUCUACCCAAGAACUGGCGCUUCUGCGGAGGCAAGUUGCGGAUGAGGAAGAGGAAGAGCGCACCAACCCAACGUUGUCCCAGGCCGAGAAAGAUGAAUUUGCACGGAAUAGAGAAGCUCUGCGUCUCGCAGAGGAGCGUGAGAAUAUUGAUGACCAUUUCGAUGGCUAUGCCAUGCCCGAGGACUACAUCACGGAGAAGGGCAAGAUGGACAUGAAGAAGAAGAGCGAUGCCUUGUACAGCCGCUACGUCGACCGGGAUGCGCAGGGGCGAGAACGAUUCGUCACCGAGCACGAAGAAUGGGAACGGGAGCAGCUGGAAAAGACCAAAGCCCAGAUCCUGGUCGCCGAUCGUACCAACGAGGGCGAGUACGAGUAUGUGUUCGACGAAGAGCAGCAGCUGAAGUGGGUGACGGACGCUGCGAUGAAAGGUGGUAUGAGCGAGAUGAAGAGCCAGGAAGAACGGCUGAUGGCGCAGCAGCUUCUUGCGGCAGAGCGAAAAGCUAAGACGAUCGAGGAGAAGCGCAAGACGUUGCCCGUCUACCAAUAUCGACAGCAGUUCCUGGAUGCCGUGAGAGAGUACCAGAUUUUGAUCAUUGUUGGAGAGACUGGUAGCGGAAAGACUACACAGCUGCCGCAGUAUCUCUACGAAGAUGGCUUUGCAAAGAAUGGUCAAAAGAUUGGCUGUACACAACCCAGACGUGUCGCGGCCAUGAGUGUCGCAGCUCGUGUGGCUGAAGAAGUUGGCGUGAAGCUCGGGAAUGAAGUUGGCUAUGCCAUUCGUUUCGAAGAUGCCACGACAGACAAGACAGUGCUGAAGUACAUGACUGACGGCAUGCUGCUGCGAGAGUUCUUGACAGAGCCAGAUCUUGGUGGUUACGCCGCGAUGAUGAUUGACGAGGCCCACGAACGUACACUGCAUACCGAUAUCCUGUUCGGACUCAUCAAGGAUAUUGCAAGAGGGCGACCUGACUUGAAGUUGCUGAUUUCUUCUGCCACUCUCGAUGCGCAGAAGUUCAGUGAGUUCUUUGAUGAUGCGCCGAUCCUCAAUAUUCCUGGUCGAACCUACGAUGUGGAGAUGAACUACUCACUCCAGCCAGAGGCCAACUAUCUGUCUGCAGCAAUCACGACGGUGUUCCAAAUCCAUCUGUCGCAACCCAUGCCUGGCGACAUUCUGGUCUUCUUGACAGGUCAAGAUGAAAUUGAGCAGGCGGAACAGUCUUUGCAGGAAACAGCGAGGAAGCUUGGCCAAGCGGCACCAGAGCUGAUGAUAUGUCCGAUCUACGCCAACUUGCCCACAGAUCUUCAGCAGAGAAUCUUCGACCCAACACCACCCAAAGUUCGCAAAGUUGUGCUCGCGACCAACAUCGCCGAGACGAGUCUGACAAUCGACAACAUCGUGUAUGUCAUCGACCCUGGCUACGUCAAAGAGAAUCGCUACACACCCGCCACCAACAUGGAAUCUCUCGUAGCUGUCCCCAUCUCCAGAGCCUCCGCAAACCAAAGAGCCGGUCGAGCCGGUCGAACAGGACCAGGAAAGUGCUUCCGCCUCUACACAAAAUGGGCCUACUACAACGAUCUCCCCGAAAGCACAACCCCCGAAAUCCAACGCACAAACCUCAACAGCAUCGUCCUUAUGCUCAAAUCCCUCGGCAUCAAUGACCUCAUCAACUUCGACUUCAUGGACCCGCCCGCACCGGACAUGCUCAUCCGCUCUCUCGAACAACUCUACGCCCUCGGCGCCCUCAACGACAAAGGCGAACUAACCAAAGUGGGCCGUCAAAUGGCCGAGUUCCCCACCGACCCCAUGCUCGCCAAAGCAGUCCUCCAAGCCGACAAGGAAGGGUGCGUCGAAGAGAUCCUAUCAAUCAUCGCCAUGCUCGGCGAAGCCAGCGCCCUCUUCUACCGUCCCAAGGACAAGAAACUCCAAGCCGACGCCGCGCGCGCCAGGUUCACGGUCAAGGAGGGUGGUGAUCAUCUCACUUACCUCAACAUCUGGAACCAAUGGGUUGACUCCGACUUCAGCUACGUCUGGGCCCGCGAGAACUUCCUCCAACAACGCUCCCUAACACGCGCCCGCGACGUCCGGGAUCAGCUGGCAAAGCUCUGCGACCGCGUCGAAGUCACGCUCUCAACCUGCGGCGCAUCUAACCUCCCGCCUAUCCAGCGUUCCAUCACAGCAGGUUUCUUCCCCAACGCCGCUCGUCUCCAGCGAGGUGGAGAUUCAUACAGGACCGUCAAGAAUAACAUGACAGUCCACAUCCACCCCAGCAGCGUGUUGAUGGAUGUGAGGCCCAAGUGGGUUAUCUUUUAUGAGCUGGUGUUGACGAGUAAGGAGUUUAUGAGGAGUGUUAUGCCCUUGCAGCCGGAGUGGUUGACGGAGGUUGCGCCGCAUUAUUAUAAGCCUAAGGAUGUGGAGGCGCUUGGGGUGGAUAAGGCGAUGCCAAAGAUUAGGUCGUAG